AUGUCACAACCUAAACCAACCAUCGCCUUCUUCGGUGCUACAGGCGGGAGCACCAUCUCCUGUCUGGCUCCGGCGCUCGAGGCUGGAUACCGUUGUGCUGCUUUAGCCCGAACUCCCUCCAAACUCCGCGACCUGCUCACACAGCGCGGGAUGCCGGAGUCAACCAUCACUGCAAACCUCACCAUCGUCUCCGGCACAGCGACAGAGCUAGAACCCGUCAAACAAACCAUCCAGAUGGGAAAUCCUGGCUCCGAGAUUGCCGAUAUCAUUGUCUGCGGUAUUGGCGGAAAGUUGCUCUUCACCAAUCCGCUCGCCCCGACGCUGGAUAAUCCGACGAUUUGCCAGGACGCCAUGCGGACUAUCAUUACGGCUGUGGAUGAGAUUAACAACAGCGGCAGCAGUGGUAAUACAGAGCAGAAUAAGCCGUUGCUUAUUGCCCUCAGCACGACCGGGAUCAGCGAUAUCCAGCGCGAUCUCCCGAUUGCCAUGAUUCCGAUGUAUCACUGGAUGUUGAAAGUCCCGCACGAGGACAAGAGGGUUAUGGAGAAGGUCAUUGUUGAUAAUGGCAAGAAUGUGCUUGGUGGGUAUGUGAUUGUACGGCCCAGCCUAUUGACUGAUGGAGCCGGCGUUGGUGAUCCGAGCAAGAUUAGGGUUGGUCUCGAGACGAGUCCUGCUGUGGGUUAUACAAUUUCGCGGGAGGAUGUUGGGCGCUGGGUUUUUGAGUAUUUGGUCCAGAAGGGAGGAGAAAGUCGGUAUAUUGGGGAGGCUGUUACGAUUACUACUUGA